GAAGCCUGAUAUUGCUGGCAUUAAUUGCAAUCACAAAAAAAUGGGUAUUUAUUGACGAGAAAUUGCUAUUUGGGGGCAUAACAAAACCUGGAAGUUUGGGUGGACAACCUCUCCAGCAGCUCGAAAAUGCCCGGAUCACCAUCUGGCAACACCGAGUUUACAUAGGGUCCGGCAGUAAGCCACGAGAUAAAUUUAGAAGAAAUGAAAAGUCGUGGUACCAUAGCGAGCCACGUCCCAUUGUAAACACGAGACUGAACGUCAUUAGCAUAAACUCAAACCAUUGUGAACGGAAUGACUCGACGUUCGGCUCGGACUUUUCUGCCGCUAAAGAGUGCCGGCCAUGUUCGGAGGACGAGAUACUCCGCCUCUACUGCUCGGGCGACUUCGUGGCUCGAGGAAGCAUCGAGCGUGUCGAGGACGACCACGACCUCGCCACGACCACCAUUACCAUCCGGGCCUCGAAGCUCUUCCAGCAGACGUCGCCGGUGUUCAGACACGCCCACGCCCACGGGAGCGACGCCAAGACCUGGGAGAGCGCGUACGGCAUCAGCAACAGCAUCCGGGGAGGGGGGGUGGCCGAGUACACGGGCCGCGUCGACGUCCCCAUCCAGUGCGGGGCGCGGGCGGGCGAGGGCGAGUUCUUGGUGAUGGGCGUGAUGAGGCUGGGGAAGCCCAUCUUGCGGUGCGCGCCCAGACACGCCGAGUGGGUCAAGAUCGCCAAAGCCGCCCGGGCCAAUGCCCAGUGUGUUCUGGAGACGUGAGCGUUGUGGACUUGCAAAAGACAGUUUCCGGAGACGUUGGACUUCGUGCAGUUGCAAAAAAAAAAAAAAACAGUUUCUAGAAACGUUAGAUUUUAUGCUUUUGCAAAAUAAGUAUUCUAGGAACGUUAUGUAUUGUGCAAUUGUAAAAGAUUUUCUAAAGACGUGAAGUUUGUGCAAUUGCAAGGGGCAUCACGGUGUUCCUAAUGUAGUCUUAAAGUGGACGUGAUUCAGUUACAAGUGACACUCGAAGAUGAGAGACAAGAGGCUCAAUCAAUUAAGUGAUCCGCUGAAAGGAGAAGAGACAUUUACAAAAAAAAAAGAAUAAUAAUAAUAAUUAUUAUUAUUAUUUUGGUGCAAUAAUAGUAGACAUUGCAAUUAACGAAUUUGCAAUGCUACAGCAACACUUUUGCUCCCAGUGUACAUAUAUUGAACUUCUAAUACCAUGGAAUCAAGGGGAGUUAAGUUCACAGUUUGAAGGGAAAGGAAAAUUCUACAGAGAGGAUUAGGUAUCCAGUGGGCCCACUUGUACACCUGUGUUUCAAAAUCCUGAAACACAGCUACUGUAAACAAAAAAUUUGUGAAUUUUAAAGGCGCCAAGGGAUCUUUAAGUUAAGAAGUCCCCAUGAGGCUUUUCACGAGUUAAAAAGUCUCCAUGAAGCUUUUCUCGAGCUAAAAAGUACUCAUGAGUCUUUUCACGAGCUAAAAAGUUUCCAUGAGGCUUUUCACGAGCUAAAAAGUCUCCAUGAGGCUUUUCACGAACUAAAAAGUCUCCAUGAGGCUUUUCACGUGCUAAAAAGUCCCCAUGAGUUUUUUUAAAGUGCUAAAAAGUCCCCAUGAGGUUUUUCACGUGCUAAAAAGUCCCCAUGCGGUUUUUCACAUGCUUAAAAGUCCCCACGAGCUAAAAGCCCACAUGGGAACCUUUCUUCUCCAGCUUCGAAGGCCAAAAUAGUCCCUUGGUUUUAGUGACUCUGUAAUGGUUUAGGUUGUAACCAGUUGCGGUUGUAAGAGUGUAAAGUGCCAUAGAUAGCACGUAAGGCCAGACAGUCUCUUGUGGUUAUGAAGUGAUUUUUUUGUGGUUAUUGAAAUGGUUCUUGAUUUUUUUAUAAGAAGCAGAUUUUGUUCUUAUUAAACCGUCUGUGAUUUAGUAGUUACUGAAAAGUCAUGGACUGAUUUCAUAGAAGGUUUAGAUGUAGGGUUUUAUAUUCAUCCUGACAAAAAGAAAAUCAUAAAUCCUUACUUAUUACUCCGUUGAAGCUAUCAGCUCUCGAAAAGUGUAUUUUUUCAUAUAUAUAUAUAUAUAUAUAUAUAUAUAUAUAUAUAUAUAUAUAUAUAUAUAUAUAUAUAUAUAAUUGUUCCUUUUAAACUUUGUUGAAAACUAUUCUUGAAAUUGUCCUGUCGACCGCUUUCCAGGGUGUAUACAAACCACGGUAUGAUACAGCCCCCUGCUUGUGUACAAAGCUUAGUAUAAUUCCUUCAGACUCUUGGAGGAAAAAAAAUAUAUCUCAUAGAAGGUCGUAAGAAAACAGUAGUGGUCCUAAGUGCAAUGUUGUUUUUUCCUUCCGCUGAUUUUAGGGACGCCAUUACUUGGUUGGGGUCUGAGAAAGCCUUUCAAGAGGAGACGAGCGAGUGUUUUUGCUCGUCUCUGACAUUAUUCCCUCCUCUUCUUCCUUCUCCUUCUUCUUCCUUCUUCUCCCUCUUCCUCCUUCUCCCCUCUUCCUCUUCCUAGUCCUCCUUCUUCCCCUUCCUCUUCCUCUUCCUCCUUCUCCUCCAUCUUCCUCCUCCUUUUGAUGUUUAUUUAAUAUGGUUCAGCAGAUUAAUUCCCGGCGAUUCAGUGUAAAAAAAAAAUCAGUGACGCCACAAAUUGUCCAGCGGGAAAAAGGAAAAUCAGCUUGUGUUAGCUGUUGUAUUUUAGGAAACGGUAUGAGGUGUCAGUGAUUUUAUGCGUGUUUUUAAAGACCACACGGAUUGUGUUUGUGUCUCGGUCGGAUAGGAGAUAUAUUUGGUGUGGAUAAAACUUAAAGAACUGUACGUUUUCGUGGGGGAAAAAGCGAGACUUUUAUUCUUUAAAGGAAGUCUGUGAACAUUUUAGGAUUUUUGGUAGUUUGUGAAUAUUUCAGGAAAUCUUUUGACAGUUUAUGGACGUUUCAGGAUUUUUGACAGUUUGUGAACCUUUCAGGAAAUCUUUUGACAGUUUAUGAACAUUUCUGAAAAUGGAGAACAUUGAGGCUGCUGGUACAACGUUGCCAUGUACUAAGAGAGAUUGUAUUUCGUCUUCUAUGAUAUUCCAUUUUAUCACAUUAUUCCAGUUUCGUCUUACGGAAAUUUUUGGUUUAUAAUUGCCUCUUUUCUCUAGACGGGGGACCUAUGGGGCAGUUAUUCAAAAUGCUUUUUAUACAUGUGCCUUUUUUUCUGCCAUCAGUUAUUAAUGCGCGAUGAGGAACUUAAGCCUUGCUUGUAUAUCUUAACACUGCUUUUUGGCAUCCUGACGUCACUAAUAGGCCUAUCUAAUCCUUGUCAAUAUUUCUUUCAUCUCUAUCCAUAUUUAUUGACACUUCGAUUGACUUUUCCCUCUGUUAUCAAUUCCUUAACAUUCCUCUGUUUUUUUUUCCAAAGGUGAACCUACACCUUGUUUGUAUAUAUUUGCGUGGUGGAAUUUAUCUUAAUUUUAUAGCAUAAAUCAGGUGAAUGUAUAAUGUGUAAUUGUGCGAAACGAUGCAAGGGCAUACUUACUAAAUGAUCUCAGUAUUGUACAAUGUGAGAAAUAAUUAUACAUCCUCCAUACGCCAUCCGUCUAACCUGAAUUUGCAACGAAGGUUUAACAUACUGCAAUAACAAAGCCUCUUGAUGCAACAAUGUAAACAAAAUAACAGAUGCUCUCGCGCAUUUUUUUUUAAUGUAUUGUUUUGUCACCCCAAUCGUAUUAGAACAAAUUGCAAUAACAAGACCUUUAUUUUUGUUGCUAGAACAAAAAAAAAAAAAAAUGUUUUACGCAUGUUUCCCUCGGAAUUCAAACCGCCCCGUGGCACAUAACCCAAAUGUCUAUUAAUAAACGUAUACAACAUAUAACGAAACGUAGACAAAAAAUAAAUAAAUAAAUAAAUACGAGGAUAAUUUAUAUACUUCCCUGACAUAUUGUGAAACUAGUCGAGAGUUUGGAACCUGUUGGAGGGGGUACGUGCUUAUUUUUUUGUGUAUAUAAAGCAUUAGUAAUAAUGAUAAAAAAAAUAUAUACGACCUGACCCGUGAAUUCAUUGUGCCAAAUUAUACAUUUUUUUCUCGAGUCCUUUCAUAUUUUUUUUAAAUAUAUUUCUUCCAUUGAGAAAUUGUACUUAUGUAAACAUUUGAUCCUUUUUAUAUGUAUAUAUUGUGUAUGUGAUGGAGAUUUAAGUGAAAUAUAUAUGAACUUCUUCAA